AUGAGUUAUAAAUUGCCACCUGCAAACCAGUUGUCUACUGUUCCACGUCCCCAACUCAUAGAAGCUCUUAACCAUUUAUUUGAACCAUGUCCGACAUUGUCUUCAUUGCUUAUUUCCAAAGUAUUUAGUGGGGGGCUUACAUAUCCAGAUUAUCCAGAGAUGAUUGAACGAUGUAGAGAGGAAUUGUUACAGUAUCUCGGUUUGGCAGAUCUGGAGGCUUAUGGUUCGGGUACUGCUGUAAAUCCAGACGUUUCCAAGAUUAUCGCUGCUCACCCACGUUUAGGUCAAUCUGCACCAAAUAAGACAGAAAAGUUGUCUGCACAUUCAUCUCAAGAACAGAGAUCUUUGCAAGGUUCUGAAGAAGAAUCUCGUAAGCUCAAUGAGCUCAAUGAGCAGUAUGAAGCUACAUUCCCCGGAUUAAGGUACGUUGUGUUCGUGAAUGGGAGACCAAGAUCUGUCAUAAUGCAAAACAUGAUCGACAGAAUUAAUAGAAACGACAUCUCCCAAGAAAGAAGGGAUGCUUUUAACGCUAUGUGUGAUAUUGCUUUAGAUAGAGCUAAGAAGUUGAAUUCCGUGUAG